AUGGGACGCUACGCUGUUUUGGUCUCUGGUCCCGCCGGGUCGGGCAAGUCGACUUUCUGCUCGGCUCUGAUUGCGCAUGCGCAGUCAUUGGGUCGCAACGUCCAUCUCUUCAAUCUCGAUCCCGCAGCUGAGCGCUUCGAGUACCAACCAAGUAUCGACAUCAAGGAACUCAUCUCACUGGAAGAUGUCAUGGAGGAGAUGAACCUCGGACCUAACGGUGGCCUCAUCUACUGCUUCGAAUAUCUGCUCGACAACUUGGACUGGCUUGACGAUGAGCUCGGACAAUUCAACGAUGAUUACAUUAUUAUCGACUGCCCGGGACAAAUAGAGCUCUACACGCACUUCCCCAUUAUGUCACGGCUGGUCAACAUCCUCUCUAGUCAAUAUCAUUUCCGCAUUUGUGCGACGUAUCUGCUCGAGUCGCAGUUUAUCGAUGACAAGACCAAGUACUUCGCAGGUGUUUUGAGCGCUAUGAGUGCUAUGAUCAACCUCGAAGUACCGCACAUCAACCUGCUCAGCAAGAUGGAUCUCGUGGAAAAGGGCGAAAUCGGAUCCGAGGCGAAGCGGGGGAGAAAAAGAGAGAUGGAACGUUACCUAGAUCCGGAUCCGCUUCUUUUGAUGGACGAAGUCAAUUCAAGAACAAAUCCCAAGUUUCACUCGCUAAACCAGGCACUUGUCCAGCUGAUCGAUGAUUUCAGCAUGGUAUCUUUCAUGCCGCUCGAUAGCACUGACGAGGACUCGGUCGGCACAAUUCUCUCGCAUAUCGACAAUGCGGUCCAGUACGGCGAGGAUGAAGAGCCAAAGGAGCCAAAGGACAUGGACGAAGGCGACUUUACUGCUCAGUGA